AGUUUAAUGUGUCUUUCAAACUACUGGGAGCUUGACGGGAAUGUUUGAUGAGAAAGAAAAAAAAGGUGCUCCAGAUUCCUUUUCCUACUUGUUUCUGAUUCUUUGGACUAAAAUUGUCAGAAGUUUGUGGUGCAGAACAUCUUGGGGAAAGUAACCCAAAAUUGCUGAGUGGAGAAGAAGACUUUAAAAACAUCAAACACCUACAGCAAGUUGUUGUCUUCCAGAAGGGGAAUACCCAGAAGUGAACUUUAUUAAAGCUCCUGGACUCUCACUAUGAAGGUUAUUGCAAUGGUUUUGGCUUUCCUCCUGAAUUGUACAUUUGCAAAUAAAGAAGUGGCAAAGAAGAACAAAAAAUCUAAACUAUAUGCUCCUCAAAUUGAAUGUGAUAUCAAGGCUGCAAGAAUUAUGAAUCCAGAGUUCAUUGCAAAGUGUCCCCCAGGAUGUCAAGAUGCUAAAUAUCGAGUCUAUGGCACAGAUAUCUAUGCUUCUUUUUCCAGUGUGUGUGGUGCUGCUAUUCACAGUGGUAUAAUUGACAAGUCUGGAGGGAAAAUUCUUGUUCAAAAAGUUUCUGGACAAUCUGGUUACAAGGGUAGUUACUCCAACGGAAUCCGAUCACUCUCUUUGCCACGAUGGAGGGAGUCCUUCAUUGUUUCAGAGGGCAAACCCAAAAAAGGUGUGCAAUAUCCGUCCAUUCUUGACUAUUCAUCUGUCAAAAGCCCAUCUGUUAAAGGAGGAACUUCACUGCGCAGAGAAUAUCUGACAACUGCAUCACCAUUACCAGAUACCCAAAUAGUCACCUCAAUACCAAAACCCACCAUUAUGACAAGAGAAUUUGUCAGCACAACUCUAAAGCCAACAGCACUCCCAACCACUGUUCCCACAACAGUUACCACCAAAGUAAUGAUGGUUGCAACCUCAAAGCAUCAGCAUGCAAUGCAUAAAGUCAGGGAUAUAGGUUCCAGCCAUGUCCAUCCAGCUUACUCGUCAGUGGAAGCUGUAGCAUCAAGGCAGAUUCAGGCGGUGCAAGGGAGAAUUCAGAAUCAAGCAUUCAGAAGCACUUCCAGCUACGCAAGUAACAGAAAUAUCCCUCGCAUGAAUGCAGGUAUUCAACGCCAAGAACCAAUUGCUUCAUUCCGAAAGCCUGCCAGUUCUACUGUAAAUCUGGCUACGGAAACAGACUUAUGGAAACCUGGAUCAAGCCUAUUUGAUACAGGUUUCAGUUCCAAAGAAGACUUGGUCCCAAAACCUUUGGAGCCAGUUUCCCAGGGAAAUCCAAAUUGCAAGGUUGAUUUAUCAUUCUUGAUAGAUGGGAGCUGGAGUAUUGGAAAACGACGCUUUCAGAUUCAAAAACAAUUCCUCAAAAAUGUAGCUCAAGCCCUGGAUAUUGGUGUAGCUGGUCCUCUCAUGGGAAUCAUUCAGUAUGGUGAUGAGCCAUCUACUGAAUUUAACUUGAAGACCUAUUCAAAUUCUAAAGAUCUGAAAAAUGCUAUUGAGAAAAUACUACAGAAAGGAGGAUUAUCCAAUGUUGGGAGAGCGCUUUCCUUUGUCAACAAAAACUUCUUUGAUGAUUCCAAUGGGAACAGAGGGGGUGCACCCAACGUUGCCAUAGUGAUGGUGGAUGGAUGGCCCACUGAUAAGGUGGAAGAGGCUUCAAGGCUGGCAAGGGAAUCUGGCAUUAACAUUUUCUUUGUCACCAUUGAAGGGCCAGAUGAAAACGAAAAGCAGAAUGUUAUUGAACCAAAUUUUGUGGACAAGGCUGUAUGCAGAACCAAUGGCUACUAUUCAAUCAAUGUUCCCAGCUGGUUUAGCCUGCAUAAAAUAGUGCAGCCUUUAGUAAAACGAGUAUGUGACUCUGAUCGCCUAAUGUGUAGCAAAACCUGCAUAAAUUCAGCAGACAUUGGGUUUGUCAUUGAUGGGUCCAGCAGUGUGGGCACUGGUAACUUCCGUACCAUCCUCCAGUUUGUAGCCAACAUUAGUAAAGAGUUUGAGAUUUCUGAUACAGAUACACGCAUUGGCGCAGUGCAGUACACCUAUGAACAGAGGCUGGAGUUCAGCUUUGAUAAGUACAGCACUAAACAGGACGUCCUGAAUGCCAUCAAAAGAAUCAAUUAUUGGAGUGGAGGUACCAGCACUGGAGCAGCCAUCAACUAUGCCUUUGAACAACUCUUUAGCAAGUCCAAACCUAACAAAAGGAAGAUAAUGAUCCUGAUUACAGAUGGCAGAUCUUACGAUGAUGUCCGAGGGCCAGCAACAGCAGCUCAUCACAAUGGAAUCAUUGCCUAUUCAAUAGGAAUUGCAUGGGCUGCCCAAGAUGAGCUAGAAGCCAUUGCAACUGACCCCGAUAGAGAGCACUCGUUCUUUGUGGAUGAAUUUGAUAGCCUUUACAGAUUUGUUCCGAGGAUCAUUCAGAAUAUUUGUACUGAGUUUAAUUCACAGCCACGGAACUGAGCAGAACAGCACAUUCCAUUGCGUGCUGUAUCAAUGACUAUCACACAAGAACAGGGCCGGGAAGCUGCUCAGGUUGUCAACCUCCAGGUGGGACCUAGAGAUAUCCUGGAAUUAGAAGUGAUCUCCAGACUACAGAGAUCAGUUCACCUGGAGAAAACGACAGCUUUGGAAAGUGGAUUCUAUGGCAUUAUACCCUGAUGAGGAGCCUCCCUUCCUCUCACCCCAAACCACCAGGAAUUUCCCAAGCUGGUGUUGGGAACCCUAAAGCUACUUCAUGCCUUUCUGGGACACUGGUAUCACAAGAAAAUGGAGGAGGAGGAUGAAAACAUGCCUUUGGGUAUAAGUCCUGAGUUCCUUGUGGCAUUGCAAACAUCUGUAUCUUCAAAACCCACAUUUUAAGUUAAAGCUGCUCACCUUUUAUAGCAUUAACAAAUAUAAAAAUUCAGGCAAUGUGCCAGAAUAUCUUUGCAAAGGUUUGGUUGAUAAAAUGUGAUUUGUAAAUCAACAUUUUUUUUACUUAUGUACUUGUAUAUUUCAAACAAGGAAGCAGCACUCCUUUUCCUUUUCUAACAUUUUAAGGAUAUUUCAUAGUAAGUUACUAUAACCUUUUACAAUAAAAGAUAAGUGUGUGUGUAUA